GAGAGCUGCAGCGGACAAACGCGAUUGGUGCCGACGAGAGCGCUGGUGAUUCCGCAACACAGGCAGAGCAGAGCGGGCGAAAGGAGCCGAGCUGCAACACAGCCACAUGUUUAAGCCGUCUAUUUGGACAGAAUUACUCUGGAAUUAGCCGUUUUAAAAAGAAGAGGAAGAUAUUGAAAACACCAAAUUGAGACUGCGGUGUUGGUAUGAAUUAUUCGCUCAGGGUCUCACAGGAAACCUAGCGGAGCACAACCGGCGAAUUCAAGCGGAGCCGAAGGAGACCAACUGUUAGCUAGCGUUAGCCUGUUAGCUAUCCGUUAGCUCAGGAGCCGCUAUUCUGUCCACUCUCGCCAGGCACCUGCUGCCCCGUGCUGUAGCCAGUAAGUCGGUAACACUCAACGCCGUUGGGUCCCGCUCUCAUAUUGUCAAGUAUUUUUGUCUAAAGUCCCGGGGUGACACUACAGGAGGGGAGAACCGUGACCGGUUGACGUUGGGACCGACACAGGCGAAACAAGCGCUGUCCUCAAGUGGCCGUUCACCAUGGACAACGCACACACAAAGACGGUUGAAGAAGUUUACAGCUUUUUUAACGUGAACGAAAGCACAGGUCUGAGUUCAGAGCUAGUGAAGAAACAGCGGGAACGAUAUGGACCAAACGAGUUGCCAGCUGAGGAAGGUAAAUCCCUUUGGGAACUUGUGAUUGAACAGUUUGAAGAUUUGCUCGUGAGGAUCCUUUUACUUGCUGCCUGCAUAUCCUUUGUGCUGGCCUGGUUUGAAGAGGGAGAAGAAACCGUUACAGCCUUUGUGGAGCCUUUUGUUAUCCUGCUUAUUCUCAUAGCAAAUGCCAUUGUAGGAGUCUGGCAGGAGCGAAAUGCAGAAAAUGCCAUCGAGGCACUUAAGGAGUAUGAGCCAGAAAUGGGGAAGGUGUAUCGCCAGGACAGGAAAAGUGUCCAGAGAAUCAAGGCCAGGGACAUUGUGCCUGGGGACAUUGUGGAGGUGGCAGUUGGUGAUAAAGUGCCUGCAGACAUCAGGCUGACUUCUAUCAAGUCGACAACACUGAGGGUAGACCAAUCAAUUCUCACAGGAGAGUCUGUGUCUGUGAUCAAACACACUGACCCUGUGCCUGACCCGCGGGCUGUCAACCAGGACAAGAAGAACAUGCUCUUUUCUGGCACCAACAUUGCAGCUGGUAAGGCUGUUGGCGUGGUGGUGGCCACAGGUGGUAAUACAGAGAUUGGCAAAAUCCGAGAUGAGAUGGCAUCGACAGAGCAGGAGCGCACGCCACUGCAGCAGAAACUGGAUGAGUUCGGACAGCAGCUAUCCAAGGUCAUUACACUGAUCUGCAUCGCUGUGUGGAUCAUCAAUAUCGGACAUUUCAAUGACCCCGUCCACGGAGGCUCCUGGAUCCGAGGUGCUGUCUACUACUUCAAGAUCGCCGUGGCUCUGGCAGUUGCUGCUAUCCCUGAGGGUCUUCCUGCUGUCAUCACUACUUGCCUGGCUUUAGGAACACGGCGCAUGGCCAAGAAGAAUGCCAUUGUCCGCAGUUUGCCAUCUGUGGAGACCCUUGGCUGUACAUCUGUCAUCUGCUCUGACAAGACCGGCACGCUCACCACCAAUCAGAUGUCUGUGUGCAGGAUGUUUAUCAUCGAUCAGGCAGAGGGUGACCACUGUUCAUUAAAGGAAUUCACCGUUACCGGCUCCACAUAUGCCCCAGAUGGAGAAGUGUUCCAUGAUGGCAAACCAGUCAGAUGUUCCCAGUAUGAUGCCUUGGUGGAGCUGGCCUCUAUCUGUGCUCUCUGUAAUGAUUCCUCACUGGACUAUAAUGAGACCAAAGGUGUGUAUGAGAAGGUGGGUGAGGCCACAGAGACGGCGCUCACAUGCCUGGUGGAGAAGAUGAAUGUGUUUGAUACAGAUGUCAAAGGCCUGUCCAAGAUUGAGAGAGCCAACGCCUGUAAUUCUGUGAUCAAGCAGCUCAUGAAGAAAGAGUUUACACUGGAAUUUUCCAGAGACAGGAAGUCCAUGUCUGUGUACUGCACUGCUAAUAAGGCCCGUUCCUCUGUUGGAAAGAUGUUUGUGAAGGGUGCUCCUGAGGGAGUGAUUGACAGGUGCACGCACAUCCGUGUAGGCAGCAACAAGGUGCCCUUGACCCCUGGCAUCAAGGAAAAGCUAAUGUCUGUGAUCAGGGAAUAUGGAACUGGCAGGGACACCCUGCGCUGUCUGGCUCUCGCCACCCGAGACCACCGCAUGAGCAAGGACGAGCUGGCGUUGGAGGACUCCACUCGUUUUAUUGAGUAUGAGACUGAUCUGACAUUUGUUGGCUGUGUGGGCAUGCUGGAUCCCCCCAGGGCAGAAGUGGCAGCCUCUAUUCGACUCUGCCGCCUUGCAGGCAUCCGAGUAAUCAUGAUCACUGGAGACAAUAAGGGGACAGCCGUGGCUAUCUGCAGACGCAUUGGUAUUUUCGGAGAGGAUGAUGAUGUUUCCAGCAUGGCUUUCACUGGCCGAGAGUUUGAUGAUCUGUCGCCUGCUGCACAGAGAGAUGCCGUGGUCAAGGCCCGCUGCUUUGCCCGUGUCGAGCCUUCACACAAGUCCAAGAUUGUUGAGUACCUGCAGUCCUACGAUGAAAUUACAGCUAUGACUGGUGAUGGAGUCAAUGACGCUCCAGCUCUAAAGAAGGCUGAGAUUGGUAUUGCCAUGGGCUCAGGCACAGCUGUGGCCAAGACCGCCUCUGAGAUGGUGCUGGCCGAUGACAACUUUUCCACCAUCGUAGCUGCAGUGGAGGAAGGCAGAGCCAUUUAUAACAACAUGAAGCAGUUCAUCAGAUACCUCAUCUCUUCAAAUGUGGGCGAAGUUGUCUGCAUCUUCCUGACUGCAGCUCUUGGAUUCCCUGAAGCCCUUAUCCCUGUUCAGCUGCUCUGGGUCAACCUGGUGACCGAUGGUUUGCCCGCCACUGCUCUGGGCUUCAACCCACCAGACUUGGACAUCAUGAGCAAGCCGCCACGCAACGCCCGCGAGCCCCUCAUCUCUGGAUGGCUCUUCUUCAGAUACCUAGCCAUUGGAUGUUAUGUUGGUGCUGCCACCGUUGGUGCUGCUGCGUGGUGGUUUGUUGCUGCUGAGGAUGGUCCAAGGAUCACUUUUUACCAGCUGAGCCACUUCCUGCAGUGUGGUCCAGAGAAUCCAGACUUUACGGAUCUGGACUGUAAAGUGUUUGAGUCCCCUUACCCUAUGACCAUGGCUCUGUCUGUGCUGGUCACUAUCGAGAUGUGCAAUGCCCUGAACAGUGUGUCAGAGAACCAGUCCCUGCUGAGGAUGCCUCCCUGGGAGAACGUGUGGCUGCUGGGAGCCAUCUGCCUCUCCAUGUCCCUGCACUUCCUCAUCCUCUACGUGGAGCCUCUUCCUAUUAUCUUCCAGAUCACCCCCCUGAAUCUGACACAGUGGCUGAUGGUGCUAAAGAUCUCACUGCCUGUCAUACUACUUGACGAGAUGCUCAAGUUUGCCGCCAGGAACUACCUGGAGCCCGGUAAAGAACUGGAGAAGCCCGCCAGCUGCAAAAGCUGCUGCCUGUCUGCAUGCAUGGAGGGCAUCUCCUGGCCCUUCGUGGCCAUCUCCCUCCCCUUGGUCCUCUGGAUCUACAGCUCCGACACUAACUUGGCCGACAUGUUCUGGUCCUGACUGACUUGAGCACAACCUCGACUCUUUCCAUUUCCUCCCCCUGCCCCCACCGCCAUCACCUCCCUCUGUCCUCUCCCUCUUCCCUCUCUGCCUUCCUUACAUGUGCAUAGCUUGCGUGCGUGCGUGUUUGUAGAGUUAGCGUGUGUACUUGUGCGUGCCUAUCGCGUGUGUGUACGAGAAGGACCAACUUUAACACAUGAAAACGUAACAAUUAAUAUAAUGUUAACAUUAAGAAGUCACCUGGUUUGAGUUGGGAACGGCUUUUUGAGUGGGUGAGGCUUUAAAUGCGAGUGUUAGAAGACCAUCACUCCCGUAGCUGUGGACUUUGUUGCUGGUUUGAAAGAAAAUAUACUGUUGCCAGUUUUUUUUUUAUUAUUAUUAUUAUUAUUGUCAAUAUUGCCUUGAAGGUUUUUAUUUUUAAUGAUUUGGGGAACAUUUGUCUCAUGUCACUACAGUAACAGCAGCAUUUUGUUUCGCUUCCCUCGUCAUGAAAGUAAUCCAAGAAGCCCAUUGAUCUGUAUAGAGAUUGAAUUUUAUGCAACUUUUUUUAUGGCUUUGUCAAUUGUUUGACCAGCGUGGCUUAGACAUACCGCCUUCAUUUAUUUUCACAUGUUUACCAUUGUGUCUUCAGUAUAAACUCAGAGCUCUUUCAGAGAGGACAAGCUCCGUGUGGCAGACCAGGACGGGGGGAAAGGUUUGGGAGUGAACAUUCGAAUGCUCCGCUUAAACAAAAAGAAAAAAAAUAUCAUGACAAACAAAAGCCGCAUGUCCUGUGACCAAGCAUGAACUGUAUGUGGUUUCUCAUCCCUAAUUUAAUGUGUAUGUCCCCCCCCCUCCUUCAUGUUGGAGUAUAAAUAAACCUCAUGGAUUUUUUUUUUUUUUUACUGUAAUGAUUUGAAAAUAAGCCAGUUUUUCUGCACUGGGCAGAGCACAGCUACCUCAAUAUGAUAAAUUUUGUUUUGCUCAUCUCUAGAUGCUUUUCCGAAACGGUCUUGCUACAGCGUAACAUCCGAGGUGUGCCCCUAUUUGCUUGUGCAGAAAACAAAGAACAAAAUUUUCCUUCCCUCUAACAUUUUUAAGGAUAUAUUUUGUUUGUGUUGAUUUUUUUUUUUUUUGACUCUCAUUAACUUUAUUUGUGUUUUGCUUUGGAGACAGAACUCCAUGCUGUUUGAUUCAAAGGACAGUGAUGUUAAGAAUCCUAAGAAAUAAAUACUAAUACACAACUCCAAAAUGAUCUUGGAAAUAAGAACCCAAAAUGUUGUUUUUUUUUUUUACGUCAAAGAAAAAUACACUCAUAAACCCU